CUUCCCCCCAGAUAGUCGUUGAUCUGGUUCUCAAGUUAUGGGCUUUUGUGAAACAUUGGAACGUUUUUCCUACCAGCUAAUAUAUGCUAUCUUGUGGUCCUCAAAAGCAGCUUUGACAAUUCGCGAGUUUGACCUGAAUCUCCCUGUGCCAGAGAGCCUCGAUGGCCAUGAAGCUGCAUCAUCUACCUUGCAAUUAUUCUCAGGAAAGCGAAAGUAUGAGCAAAUCCAACCUCAGCCGUUGAGCGUUAGUCCCACUUCGGGCCAGGAUUUUUUAUCUUACGCUCAACUCAGCAAAUUAAGUUCAGAAUCCAUCAACCCCAGCUUCACAACAACCCAACGCAAGUGUUCAAGGGCUCAAACGUCAAUUGCAGGUAACAAUUCGAUGGUCGGAAGCGGGAUAAGCCGAGAGACCAUUGGCAUCGUCCAUCAUGAAACCGUUCAGAUUCCCGAAUGUGGCACAAAGGUCAGUCAGCCACUGGGUCGCUUGGAUAUUGAUCUCCCGCAGAUCAAACUGCCAGUCAUGCCUCCCAUUGACCAGGAAAACGCGAAACAAUCCGAUUAUAAAUACUUUUUCUCUCAAGGACGUGUUGUUGAAAAGAUCCUACGAAAUUUCAUUGACCGUUUUGGCGAUCAAGUCAGUUCGGAGGACUUCAAAUGUGUCGGUCGUCCUUUGUACGACAAACAUCCAAACUUGCCGAUUGCGCGGGUCGCUCGUCCAUGUGGAAAAAUGGGGAGAACAGUAAAGGUGCUAGCUGGUGAAUCAGAUGCGAGACGAUCACCGAAGCAAUUGAUUUCACUUUACAGCCUUUUGGCAGUGGUUUUAUACAAGCUCCACGGCGAAUCUCUAAACCAGUGUAAUAUAUCAACAUUUAAUCACAAAAUCCAACAAGAAAGAUUAUUGGGCUGGCUCGACAGAAAAAUGUUUGAUCCAAUUGAUCAAGGGCUUCCAAUGUUUGGAGUCGUCUACCCACCUUAUUCGGCUUGGAAUUCAAAUGAUCCCAGCGUGUACAUUGAUCCGCUUAGAGUAAAAUUAAUCCAAUACUUCUCUCGGGACAUAUGUCAUACAAAUGCCUACUUGACGGCCGUCUAUCUAUUGAAAACAUACCAAGACCAACACCCAAGUACGUUGAGCUUAUUUUGA